UUUCACUAUUUACUGAACUGUGUCCAUCUCACUUCACGCUCUACUACAGUUGCCAGCACAAAUGACCCAAAGCAAUAUUCUAUAGCACAUUUCCCAGCAUGCUGUUCGUGUGGCUACGCUCAGGUCACGUGAUACCGCCUGUCAACAUUAGCGGACGCUGCUGGGCAGGGAAGCAGCUAGAUGUGUCCGAGCCAUUAUUUUCCCAUUUUUAAAAGUCUCCUUUUCGCGGACUUCUCCGAGUUGCCAUGAGCGACAGGACAAGUUCCGCGUUUGACGUAAGAGAAAGUUCAACUUCGCUAGCUCAUUAGCUCAAUUUAAAGGGAUAGCGUGAAUAGACGCUAACGCUGUAAGUGCUAGUAGCAGUAGCGGGACCGCUUUUGACUCCGAACGGACAUUUUUCAUUUAUUUAUGUUUCCUCUUAAUGCUGUCUGACCUACGACGGGACUCAGACAGCUUCACCUCUCGAAUGACCGAGCAGCUAUGGCCGAGCGGUACGGAGCAGGAGAAUGAUUACGAGCCUUCGAAGAGGAUGCGACCGUCUUUCAGCGAGGACUGCCCAGCUUGACAUACCCGCCAGCUGACAGUUACCGGGCAGAGACCUGGCUCUCGGUGGGGAGAACAAAUUCAUUGAGUAGAGAGGUCCGGAUAACUGCUGCAAUGGCUGCUGUGAGCGGAGGAGACACGUUGGCAGCCGGUCCGGGAGGCGCGGCUCUACCCGCGGUAUCUGCGGCCAACGCGUCCUCCAGCCCGGGGCCGGGCGCGGAUACUCGGGGCUGCGAGAACGGCGCCUUGAUGGACUCCUUCGGGAUCUUCCUACAGGGCCUCCUGGCCGUGAUGGCUUUCAGCACGCUCAUGUUAAAACGCUUCAGGGAGCCCAAACAUGAAAGGAGACCCUGGAAGAUUUGGUUCCUGGACACCUCAAAGCAAGCAAUUGGGAUGCUCUUCAUCCACUUUGCUAACGUGUAUUUGUCAGACCUUACGGAGGAGGAUCCCUGCUCGCUAUACCUCAUUAACUUCUUGUUGGAUGCCUCUCUGGGCAUGUUGCUCAUAUAUGCAGGCGUGAAGGCUGUCAGUGCUGUUGUUGAAUGGAGGCAGUGGGAUUCUCUGCGUUUUGGAGAAUAUGGAGAGCCAGUGCAGUGCACUGCAUGGUUGGGCCAAUGCAUCCUGUACAUCCUCAUCGUGAUGUUCGAGAAAGUUCUCAUGAUGUUGGUCCUACUUAUCCCCCAGUGGAAGAAGCUGGCUCUCCUUAAUCCCAUAGAGAAUCCUGACCUGGAGCUGGCUGUUGUCAUGCUCAUCGUUCCAUUCUUCGUCAAUGCCCUCAUGUUUUGGGUGGUUGAUAAUUUCCUAAUGAAGAAGCACAGGACAAAAGCAAAGCUUGAGGAGAGGGAAGAGGACUCGCGUGGGAACAGCAAAGUUCGUUACAGACGAGCACUUUCUCACGAUGACUCAGAAUCAGAGAUCCUAUUCUCAGCAGACGACGAGAUGGACGAGUCGGACGAAGACGAUGUCCGUCGACUCACCGGUCUGAAGACGGUGAAAAAGAAAAAGCUUCGAAUGGGGAUUCCCGUUUGAUGAGCUCGGCCGCCUUUACGUCUAAAAACUGUUCUCUUCUCCUCAAGUCCACCUGCAUUCCUGUACCUCCACAAACCACAACGGCUUUUGGUCCUCUUCAAAGACGACACUGUACUCCUGAGUUUCCUUCCUUCAUCAUUCCCAGAGGAUUGGUACGCAAAAAAAAAAAAAAAAGACGUUUUUGACUUGGGCGCUGAAAUACACUUCUUGUUUUUUGGGGUUUUUUUUGCAGGUUUACCUUUGGAUAAUUGCUGCAUGUCGAUUUUGCACUUUGAGAGAACUGUUGUGUUUGCAGUUGGAUCAACAAAGUGCUAAUAUUUUCAUAAUGGGAGACAAAUGACACUAAAUUCCUGACUGGACUUGUCCGUCUCGGAUCAUUUCAGUUGGUGGCCUCGAGAGACAGAUAUGCAAACUCACCCAUCUGUGAUUUCAUUUACAUUUCCUUCCUUAACGUGUUCCUUACAUAUUUGAAGCUCUGUUGCGACCUUCAUGUCAGCUUUGUCCUUUCGUGUAGAAGUACCAUCAUGCCCUGCGGUAUAUAAACAAUACAUGGGAGUGGAGGUGAGGACAUUCUUUCUCCCUUCCAGCACAGUAACAAACUUAAUCACUGUACACCUUCUGUGUGGUCUUACUUUUGUCAAAGGGAGUUUGUUAAUUCAUGGAGUCUAACAAACGAGGACUGUGAAGAGUUUUCUAGUGUCAACUCAGUCUGUCAGACAUUUAAUGAAGCACUCUCAUUCGUUCGGAUUUGCUAUGAGUUUUGUUCCUUUGUGUUUUUGAAUUGUUGUUUGUUGUUUUUGUCUUUGGUUUAAUUUUUCGAUUUGUAUUUUCUUGGGCCAAAAAGAUGACUCUGCUUGCCUCCAAACUGUGUUUCAUUCCUGCAGAGAGACUUUAUAGAGGAGCUACUUUUUUUGCACAUGUUCAGAAUUUCUUUAUUUGUUUUUUCUUGUCUUUGUUUUGUUCUUUGUUUGUUUGUACGGACUGCAGGUCAGUUCCCCCCUUUAUCAAUUCGUAGUCGCGUUUCUGACCCGCGCCUUGCCCCUUUGUCCCUUUGUCCCUUCCAAAACGUAUUAUACCCACGUACGGUUAUGCGGUUGGCACAUCAAGUAGGGUUUGAUUUUUUUUUUUUGGUUUGUUUGUUUGUUUCGUGGUUGUCAGAUAUUUUUAAAGAUGUGGAGUUUCAUAUUUUUGUUAGGGUUAGGGUUAUAUUAAAUCAGGAUUGCGUUUGAGGUCCUCUUUUCUUUUGAUGCUCAUUCUGAUUUCUGUUUGGGCAAAUUGACAGCUUGUUAGCCUCUCAACAAACAGUUAAAAAUAGCUCUUACACAAUCUGAGAAAGUACGCCGUUUUGUUUCUGUAUUUUCCAGACCUGGAUAUCGGGGGCUGAGAAAUUACAUUAGGUAAUUUUGAACUUUAUUCUAAAUCCCCUUUAUUCCCUUUUCCUCGUGUCCUUCCGUCCAUCUUUCUUCUCAUCAAUCUGUGCUUUCUCUAGUUUCUGCCGUAGUCAACUUUUGUACUUGAUAUUUUAUAAAUGGAAUGAAUUCUGGAAAUUUUGAGCCUGUAUUUUUCUCUUGGAAAAACUUGUAGAACCUUUGAACUAAGAGCAGCCUUCUGGCACUACAUAUGUAUUGAAGUUGUGCAACCAUACUUUCUCAUAUUGGACUACAUAUAUAAAUCAGAAAAUUACUUAGAAAUCAUCCGUUUCAAAAGCAGAUACAAAGCGUUCGUGUUGCGUUGGGGGUGAGGGGUACAAAACUGCACAAGUACGAAAUGACGAAGGAGGAGACGUGACCUGCACCUGUUGGUAUUGUUAGUAUUUUUUCAUUUAUUUAUUUAUUUUUUUUUACCUGCAAACGGAGCUUCAGAUCUUCAAGCAUAAUGCAACACCUGGCGAGCUCUGAUGUUCAGAAUGUGACUUACUCUGACCUCUAAACUGUAAAUGAUGAGUGUGGACCAGACAGCUGAGAGAAAAGUGUGUUUUGUAUGCGCGUGUGUGUGGAUGAUGGCGUGUAUAUCCAAAUAUACCUACGGCUUCAAGCGUGCGAUGAAAUGACCUCUGGUUCUCAUUAACAGUAAACUAAGUUACAUAAA